CGGAAGCGCGCCUUUAAGCUCCACCCACGCAAACCAGAAACUGCCCGGAAAAAAAAAAAAAAAUCAACGUGAGAAGAAGGGCCGGCAAGAGAAAGAAACGGCGCCUUUUUUUGUUGUUUUUGUUUUUGGAUUUUUUUUUUUUUUUGCUAAAAUGACGACGUUAGUGUUGGAUAACGGAGCCUACAAUGCCAAAAUCGGUUACAGCCAUGAAAAUGUCUCGGUUGUUCCUAACUGCCAGUUCAGGUCAAAAACAGCACGUCUUAAAACGUUCACUGCUAACCAGAUAGAUGAAAUAAAAGACCCUUCUGGACUCUUUUACAUCCUUCCCUUUCAGAAGGGUUACUUGGUGAAUUGGGAUGUUCAAAGACAAGUUUGGGAUUACCUUUUUGGAAAAGAAAUGUAUCAGGUUGAUUUUUUAGAUACUAAUAUUAUUAUCACAGAACCAUAUUUUAACUUCACUUCAAUUCAAGAAUCCAUGAAUGAAAUCCUAUUUGAAGAAUACCAGUUCCAAGCAGUAUUAAGAGUAAAUGCUGGGGCUCUCAGUGCACAUAGGUAUUUCCGAGAUAAUCCUUCCGAAUUAUGCUGUAUCAUUGUGGAUAGUGGAUAUUCCUUUACACAUAUAGUCCCUUAUUGUAGAAGUAAAAAGAAAAAAGAAGCAAUUAUUAGGAUAAACGUGGGAGGAAAACUCCUAACUAAUCAUCUAAAGGAGAUCAUAUCUUAUAGGCAGUUACAUGUUAUGGAUGAAACCCACGUGAUUAAUCAAGUGAAAGAAGAUGUCUGCUAUGUGUCUCAGGAUUUUUACAAAGAUAUGGAUAUUGCCAAGUUGAAAGGAGAAGAAAAUACAGUAAUGAUAGACUAUGUUUUGCCUGACUUUAGUACAAUUAAAAAGGGCUUUUGUAAGCCAAGGGAAGAGAUGGUGUUAAGUGGAAAAUAUAAAUCUGGGGAACAAAUUCUUCGUCUGACCAAUGAAAGAUUUGCUGUUCCAGAAAUACUUUUUAAUCCUUCUGAUAUAGGCAUUCAAGAAAUGGGAAUUCCAGAAGCUAUUGUCUAUUCAAUUCAGAACUUACCUGAAGAAAUGCAGCCACAUUUUUUUAAGAACAUCGUUUUGACGGGAGGAAAUUCCCUUUUCCCAGGAUUUAGGGAUCGGGUUUACUCAGAGGUUCGAUGUCUCACUCCAACGGACUAUGAUGUUUCUGUUGUGCUGCCCGAAAACCCUAUUACUUACUCCUGGGAAGGUGGAAAAUUGAUAUCAGAGAAUGAUGAUUUUGAAGAUAUGGUGGUAACAAGAGAAGAUUAUGAAGAAAAUGGACAUAGCGUCUGUGAAGAGAAAUUUGAUAUUUAAAUAACAUUUCUGAAUGAAAGUUUUGACUGGUUGCAACAAAGGUUUAAUUUAAAUGUUCUUUUUAAAGGAGGUUAAGGGCCUGUGCUCCCUUUUAUCUUAAGAUAAAGACUUGAACUUAUGUAAAUACUUUGAUGCAUGGCUAAUUUUCAAAGGUUUCCAAGGUAGGUUAUUAAGUGAACUGUAACUUGGCCCAUAUUUUCAUUUCGGCUAGACUACUGUAACAAUGCUUAUGUUGUUUCUGAGAGUAGGUUAUCUUACAUUAGAAGAUAAAAGAGUGAAUGCAUUUUAAGUUUCAGUCUUCAAAGCUGAAAGCAGAAACUUCACUGGCUCUCUGGUCAGUUUUCCUUUGGAGGUAAUUUUGUGUGCCUUUGACUAGGAACUGGCCAGUGUUUUCAGUCUGAUAUGAUUUCUCUCUCUUUUAGAACCAAGUAUUUUACUUUGAAGUUGUCAUUUUUAUUUGCAUAUACUAAAGUUGGAAAGACCAAUCACAUGUGGGUUUCAUGUUUAUUUUUUACUUAGAGUAAGUUUGAAAGGGUGGAGACUACAGCCCAUUUACCGAAGUGUUUUUGGUUACUACUCUGUUGGCAGAAAUGUAUUAUUUCACUCAAUAAAAGUACUGCACCAUUUUUGGGGAUGAAAUGAAAUUUGAAGUUAACUCGGGGUUGUUCAAAGACUUUGUACAAAUGCUAGUGUUUAGUUUAAAAAACUCUUAUGUAAUCUACAGUAUGUAAGUUGUUAAAGGUUAUAUAGCUUUUGAAUUUAGGGGAACGGCUUACAGUGACAUUAACAAAUGGGGCAGGUAGGCUCCUUUGAUUGCAAACAGUAAAAACUCCUUAGGGUUGUCCUAAGCAAAACAACAUUUAUCAGCAGGACAGAGAACAGCUCAUAAAAUCUAAGAAGAAGCUGGGCCACCCUGACUGUGUCGCUCAGUGGAUUGGGUGUCAUCCCGCAAACUGAAAGGUAGCCAGUGUAAUUCCCGGUCAGGGCAAAGGCCUGGGUUGCAGGCCAGGUCCCCAGUUCAGAGUGUUAUAGAGGCAACUGAUUGAUGUUUCUGUCUUGUAUCAAUGUUUCUCUCCCUCUCUUCCUCCGUCCCUUCAUCUCUCUCUAAAAAUAAAUAAAUAAAAUCCUUAAAAAAUAAAAGAAAAGGCUAGACCAACAGCCUUAAGAAUGAAAACCAGAUAAACUUAGGCAUCUAGGUUAUAGGAACUAGGGGACAAUCCAUAUAGAGCCCUGCCAUCAAAAUAGCUCAGCUUCUGUAUUUUCUGUUUGGUCUUGUACUCAAUAAUCAAAUUACACCAAUCUUUUUUCAAGUUAGGAUCAUGCGUCUACCCCAUAGCUUCAGGGACUUGGACAGUCUUAUUAAGACUGCCUACAGUGAAAGAAGGAAGUUCCCCAAAGGAAAAUUAAUGUGAAGAGACAGAUGUAGGGAAGAGUGAAAGAACUGUGUACAACAAUUAUAUAUUGGAUUGCAUUGGGUUAGGGCCAGGUCUCCCUCCUAGACCUAGGUUGGUUAUUAUUACAGAGUUGCAGAUGGAGUGCGUUUGAUACCCUGUUAUUGUAAUUUGUGGACAGUGUAGCAAAAAGAUGCUGGUGGUAGAAAAGAAGCUUUUGCAACCAUACAUUGUAAGAGUGCUAGAAUUUCAGGGUGAUGUGGUUAGAGGUAAAGUGAUAAGCCCCCAUUUAUAGGGUUUUCCUUGACUUGUCAGUAUCUCAUCUGGGACAGGCAGAAUACUGUCAUUACCAUCCAGAUGUUUCCCUGUGAGGAAUCGGGGCAUUCCUCAAAGCUGCGUUGCCAAAACAUGCCCUCGCCUGAAGUCUUCUGUUAUGUUCUACUGAGAAUGAUGCAUGUGUGUUCACAUGCUUACUAUAGUACACUGUAAUUUCUGUGUACAGUGUAGGUCCCCUAGUGUUCCUUUUUGAGACCACAAAAAUUCAUUUAAAAAAAAAUCUUUACCCAAGGAUAUUUCCAUUGAUUUUAAAGACAGGAAGGGAGAGAAAGAAAGAAACAUUGAUGUGAGAGAGAAAUAUUGAUCGGUUGCCUCCCACAUGUGCCCCAACUGGGGAUCAAACCCACAACCUAGGUAUGUGUCCUGACUCGUCCUUAUUUGAGGGAUGCUUAACACCACCAGAGAGGCACCAAAUCCAACAAACAGUAAUGAACCCCUGGGGAGUAAAAUAAGCAAAAGAAACUUUACAAGUUAAUAUUCUCUAAGACUGGUGAAGGAAUUGGAUGUAUUACAAGAACAGGUUGCUGUUGUAACAGUGGGGAAUUGUAACCCACCCCACCAUUCUUUUGACAUUGUUUCUGUAAAUGCUGACUCUAAUAAGUAGCCUGUAGAUAAAUAGCAUGUUUGUGUAAGGAUCCCAGGAACUAACUUCAAAAGAUACAGACUCCGACCUUCAGGCAUCCAAGCUCCAAGCCAUUUGCUCACUUUCACCUUUGGAGCCAGGAUGACGUGGAGACAAGAUGACUAAACCAGGAUGAUGCACGCUGGACCGUCACUUGUUUUAUCAGAGUGGACUGUGCCCAUCUGCAUGUAGAGAACUUUUUAACCCUUUCCCUUGAUCUCUUUGUUCUGCUUCCCCUCUGCCUCCUUAUAAAAACUUCUGCCUGCACUGAGAUGUGAACAUAGGUAUUGAGAUAUGAGUCCUCCAUGUUCCAGAUGGCUGGCAUCUGAAUAAACCAUUUUCCUGUACAUUAGCACCUGUUUCACAAGUUUGGCGUCCGUAGCAACAGGAAGCCAUACCUACGUCCAUUUACACUAUAACAAAGAUAGGUUGUAGAAACUGAAAGGAGGGAUUACUUAUGCUAAUUGAUGGGUUGAAUUGCAGAACAGACACUACUAGACUGAAAAAUAGAAAGCUGAGAGAAUUUCCCCAGAAUGUAGCACAACUGGGCAAGGACUGGGAUAGCUGGGAAAAGAGGCUGAUUGACAUCCCCAGUAUUGGCUAUUCUGUCCACCUAAAGCCUUCUUUGCAGAAGAGGACUCUGAUGAGCUCUCACACAAACACAAAUAUCUUGUACUUGCGGCUUAUUCCGAGAUGCCCAUUCACAUACUUCUUCCCUAAAGCUU